AUGUCGCAGUCUUCCCGAGAGCAUGACCGGCCAUUCCCCGUGCACAUCGUCGGCAUCCUGUUCGACAAGUCCGAGCGUGUGGGGUUUGGAAAGGAUAGCUACGUCGUCGGUCCCACUUGUCGUCCCUGCGGACCCGUCCAUAUCAGUGAGCAAGUCUUCUUCGGACAUUUCGCCCACCAAUACCAACCUGCCAAUGGCUGCGCCACAUAUUAUGACACUGCCACCAGCGUACUCAAUCCCAGCUCGUGUGGCACCACCAACGAUGGAAGCUCCGAGGAUGUUGUGGCCUUGCCGCAAGGGAUCAUGACGGACGAUGACUGUGGGCGGACUGUUAUCAUCAAGUUCCACGGAACUGACUUCCGGGGCACUGUGGUUGACAAAUGCAUGGGAUGCGACAACCAAUCUCUCGAUUUGUCGCGGCAUCUGUUUGCCUUACUUGCGCCGCUUGACGAAGGACGUGUCCACGGAGUCGAGUGGUAUGCCCAAUAG